AUGGCCAAACUUGACUACUUGCAAUACAAGCUUCACGAAAUGGAACUCGCGCAGAAGGAACGCGACGAAGAGUUUGCCGAGAAAUUUACAAAACUGGAAGGCUCGAUCGAAAACAUUCAGUGGGCCAUUAUCCGCCAUGAUCAGGAUGCUGCACACAACCUGACGGCUCUUCAAGCUCAUUCCCGAAAAAUCCUGGCCCAACAAACAGCAUGCGCCAACCACGAAAAGAUGCGCAAUGAAAUCUCACAGCUGACUCAAAAACUAAACCAUUCUAUUGGCUCCUACUCCAUGCUGUCAACGCCAGCUUCCGUUUUCAAUGGAUCUGAACCAUACAACUCGUGUAAAGAAGCUCCUGCAAAUAUGUCUGGAGUCUAUUUAAUACAAGUGAGCGCAAAUUCCUUCACAUUCGAAGGGUUUUGUGAACAAAAUAGUUUCGGCGGUGGAUGGCUGGUAAUUCAGUACCGCUACGAUGGAUCCCUGGACUUCUACCGGAACUGGACGGAAUAUCAACAAGGCUUUGGAAAUAUCAACAAGGAGUUCUGUAUCGGAUUGGAGCGAUUGCAUCAACUCACAUCGCAAGGAUCUUACGAGCUGUUGGUUGAACUAAAGGGAUUCAAUGGUAGUUAUGCAUAUGCUCUAUAUAAUGAGUUUCAGAUCGGGAGCGAAUCGGAGCAAUAUCCCCUAAAGAAACUAGGAACGUACAGUGGCACUGCCGGUGAUGCUUUAACGGGUCGGCAUAAGGGAAUGAAAUUUACUACAAAAGACCGAGAUAAUGAUGAAAGAGACUCAAAUUGUGCUGUUUCGUUCGAAGGUGCUUGGUGGUAUAAAGAUUGCUUCGAAUCGAACUUAAAUGGAAGAUACAUGAACAAAGUUGAUUCAAAAUCAAUGAACUGGUCUAAAGGUGCUACUAACUACCAAGGAUGGGCAUAUUCAAGGAUGAUGAUGCGUAAAAUGUAA